CGAAUGGCAAUGUGUGUGAUCAAAACAAUCAUGAUUCCGAGCAACCUUUCAUGCUUUGCUACACACAAGACGACGCAAACGCCGAAGGGGAAAUAAUCUACCGCGUGGAGUUACCCGACAUGGAGCAGAUAACUCUAAUUUACCUGGAGAAUAAUGAUGCUGAUUCUGAGGAGAACAUCCUCUCGUACGAGUCGGUCCAGCGCCUGCAGAUCAGCUACACCCGCCCGGUUAUCAUCUUGGGCCCGCUGAAAGAUCGCAUCAACGAUGACCUCAUCUCGGAGUAUCCGAACAAGUUCGGUUCCUGCGUUCCUCAUACCACCAGACCGAAGCGGGACUACGAAGUGGAUGGGCGGGACUAUCACUUCGUGGCGUCCCGGGAACAGAUGGAGAAGGACAUCCAGAACCAUCUGUUCAUCGAGGCGGGCCAGUACAACGACAACCUGUACGGCACGUCGGUGGCCUCCGUUCGGGAGGUGGCCGAGAAGGGCAAACACUGCAUUCUGGACGUGUCGGGCAAUGCGAUCAAGCGGUUGCAGGUGGCGCAGCUCUUCCCGAUCGCGGUGUUCAUCAAGCCGAAAUCGGUGGAAUCGAUAAUGGAAAUGAACCGACGAAUGACUGAAGAACAGGCCAAAAAGACUUACGAGAGGGCACUCAAAAUGGAGCAUGAAUUCGGUGAAUAUUUCACAGCACUCGUCCAAGGCGACACCAUCGAGGAGAUCUACAGCAAGGUGAAGAACGUAAUCUGGUCCCAGAGUGGCCCAACCAUCUGGGUGCCGUCCAAGGAAUCUCUAUGACCUCAAGCGAAUAUCACGUGGACGCUGCCACCAAAUAUGCGCGCCCGGCCCGUUUCCCGAUCCGGAUAUCACCAUUGACGGUAGCCCUGUAUGGACGGUAAAUGAAUAGGGCCCGGAGAAAGAUGAACAACUAAACCGAUAGGAGAAAAAGAAAAGAGAAAAAAAAUAUGGUGGUGAAUGGUGAAGGAACACGUACAUUCUGUCUCACGAAGGAACUUACACACAUACACACACUUACACACACACCAUUAGUCAUUCACACUUGUUUAAGACCCUGGAUGUGAUUACACAUUUUGCGGGGUAGUAGUUGCGCGCAGUUGUGCAUCAAAUCAAUAUAGCAAUUUGGCUGCUAGCGGUAAAUGAAAUGCAAGAAAAAAAAUGGAGAAAACAAAGUGUAAACAUGUUGUUGUUUAUUAUUAUUUUUAAAUUAUAUAUUGAUAUAUUGAUACGAGUACGAGCGUAAGGUGAGUAAGAUUUUUAAGAGGAAAAUUUGCAUUAAAUAUGGACAUUUAUUUAAAUUAUUUUGUUCGAAAAUAAUAAGCUUAUUACUUAUUAAUGAAUGUUUAUUAAAUCAAUAUAUUUAUAUAAAAGAAACGCAUAUAUAAAUUAUAUAUCUAAUGAGAACCGGAUUAAACUAUAUAAAACACUGCAUACAUUGAAAAUGAAAUGAAAAAUGUAAAAUAAAAACGAAAAACCUAUUGAAAGUUCAGAAAUAGUUCGCGAACAGCUCGCGAAUCCUACGUAGGCCCUCCCUAUUUCAAAACCCCGCCCAUUGGUCGAAAAGCUUUCAGGAAGAUUUUCAUAAUUAGAAUAGAAUGCGCAUCGGUUUUUGGGAAGAAUCCAACGGCAUUUAUAAGCAUAUGCGCAGUCACCUCAUCAUACGCAAAAUCAAAGCAAAAAGUGUUGUUAGUCUAAUUUUGGACAAUCAUCAACGUAUUUUCCCCCUAGUAAUGACCCCGAACCUGUCUCAACACUUACAGCCUCUCUCUCUCUAACUCUCAAUAACCAGUCAUCGUACGAGACAAACACAAAAUGAAAGUGAACGUGAACUAACUCGCCUAGCGUUAAAACAACAAAAUACAAUAAACUCGAAAUAUGUAACAUUGUUUUUAAAUUAACCGAAUAAGUAAUUAAAGUUAUGGUUUUUAGACGACUUCAAUUCUAACUCACUCAUCCCUCCUCACGAAAUGAUUAGGUCCCCCCAAGUGCAAGCGCUGACACCAUUUUUUCUUUGUUUUUAUUAGUAUAUAAAUAGUGCAAAUUAAGGAAGAGUUAAGAACUGCAUCCGGCUUUGUUCGCUCGGAAUCAUCUCACGCCAGGUAGGAAUUCCGAAACAGAAUUCGAUCCCUCGAAAGUGGGGGAGUAUCCCAUUUGGCAUAACGUCUCUCAGACAUUAUGGUAAAUGGCGUUAUGCCAAAUGGGGGCACUUCCUGAAAGUGGGAGUACUCCCAUUGGCCAAUCGUAGCUGGUUGAUGACAUAGGAGCAACCUUACACUAAACAGCAUUAGGCCAAAUGGUGGUAUUCCCCAUUCAAACAAAUAUCGAUAUACCAAGACGCCUUUGUUUGUUUUCAUUGACGAGAACCGACUUGAUAUUCGUGCCAAAAUUUUACAAAAACCGACCCCUCUCCUACCCCAAGGCCAUCCACCAUACAUCAUAUCCACCUAUAACAGUCAAACGUAACAAUAAUAAUGGUAAUAGAAUGCGGUCAUUGUUCCCACUCACUCGGCUGACGGUGGUCGAGUGUAAUGAGCAUAAAAAAAUGAAGUAUAGGUAUUAUAGAGAACAGAUCAAACCGAAAUAAACGGCAACUAUAAUGACAAAACAGUUAAUCACUUUUCCACUACUUAACUAGAUUGGCAUUCGUUCACUUCAACUACCUUCUAAUCGAUUGGGUAGUAGGUCAAAAUCGCAUCACUUUCCUCCGAUCUCUGCCGUAGACAAAUUCUACUGUUUAGAGCAUCCUUCAGCUUCUUCUUUUCAUUUCGCAAAACCCCUUUGAACUCACACCAAUUGAAAUCGGGAAAAAAAUCUCUACUUAAGUGUGAGACAACAAGGAAGGAUAAAAGUAAAAUAUAUUGUAAUUGAAUUAGAAAGCUGCCUUAAAACGAAAUCCCAAGUUUUAUAUUAAAAUGAGAUCAUUUGGCUAGAGCAAAUAAAAAGAAAAAACCGUUAAGAUGAAACAAGAAACUGACGAUGACUAUAUGUAUAUAUGAUCACAAAAACAGAAUAAAAGAAACUAAAAGCAAACAAACAGAGAAUGUUAAGCAAAUUAGAUGAAAACAAAGAUGCAACUAGAUGAUGAUGAUCGCGAAAGGAGAAGAUAACUGAUAAAACUCGUUGAAUUGUUCUGAUUAGUGAAAAAUAAAUGAAAUGAAACGCAGAGAAACUAACACUCAUCCACAAAGAGGAAGAAAAACUCACACACACACAUACAUACACAGCCCAACCGCGCAGAUUCACCUCCUCUGGGUGAUGAUUGGUUCGCCGAUUGAAACCACCACCACCACCGAUGAUGAUGAUGUUGUUGUUGCAUCUGUGGGAGUGAGUGAGUGGUGGCGGCCAAAUCGGACCGGCGAACGAAACUUGAAAUGUGGAGAAACAAACAAAAAUGUUUAACUCUUGUAAUUGCAAUAAAAAACGACAUUACGUAAAAAAGAA